AUGGGCGACACUGAUUGCCAGAAACGCUAUGGAUUGGCAUGGGGUCUGCAGCUCACAGAUCCUGAUCAAUACCCCUACACUCACACGCCAGAUGAAACAAGUUUUGGAUGCACAGAUGUCGGCCGACGGUCCGUGUCAUCUACCCACAGCCAUAACCUGAGGCGUUCCUUUCUAGGAAUUCGAGAGAAGCCCAUUGGCAGUCGCAGUCAGGAGGCCCGCCCCCCAGGGCAGCGGCGUGCUUGGAGUGGCUAUUCGUCGCGCCCAUCGGGCGCGGCCCCGCCCCGGACCCGGGAGGCUAGGUUGGCUGCCCCGGCGAGCGGCAGAGCCCUUCUGGACAGCUCCCGCUCACCCAAACAGAAGACGUCGGCGCCGGAGCGGGCUCGGACAUGGCGAGGCAGCGCGCCGGCCCGAGCGGUGGGGCCCGCGGCGGCGGCGGCAGCGUCGCGCUCGGCCAUGGUCACUAGCAUGGCCUCGAUCCUGGACGGCGGCGACUACCGGCCGGAGCUCUCCAUACCGCUCCAUCAUGCCAUGAGCAUGUCUUGCGACUCGUCCCCGCCCGGCAUGGGCAUGAGCAACACCUACACCACGCUGACGCCGCUCCAGCCGCUGCCGCCCAUCUCCACCGUGUCGGACAAGUUCCACCACCCGCACCCGCACCACCACCCGCACCACCACCACCACCACCACCACCAGCGCCUGUCGGGCAACGUCAGCGGCAGCUUCACCCUCAUGCGCGACGAGCGCGGGCUCCCGGCCAUGAACAACCUCUACAGCCCCUACAAGGAGAUGCCCGGCAUGAGCCAGAGCCUGUCCCCGCUGGCCGCCACGCCGCUGGGCAACGGGCUGGGCGGCCUCCACAACGCUCAGCAGAGCCUGCCCAACUACGGGCCACCGGGCCACGACAAAAUGCUCAGCCCCAACUUCGACGCGCACCACACUGCCAUGCUGACCCGCGGUGAGCAGCACCUGUCCCGCGGCCUGGGCACCCCGCCUGCGGCCAUGAUGUCGCACCUCAACGGCCUGCACCACCCCGGCCAUGCUCAGUCCCACGGGCCGGUGCUGGCGCCCAGCCGCGAGCGGCCACCCUCGUCCUCGUCUGGCUCGCAGGUGGCCACAUCGGGCCAGCUGGAGGAGAUCAACACCAAAGAGGUGGCCCAGCGCAUCACCGCCGAGCUGAAGCGCUACAGCAUCCCACAAGCGAUCUUCGCGCAGAGGGUGCUCUGCCGGUCUCAGGGGACUCUCUCCGACCUGCUCCGGAACCCAAAACCGUGGAGUAAACUCAAAUCCGGCAGGGAGACCUUUCGCAGGAUGUGGAAGUGGCUGCAGGAGCCCGAGUUCCAGCGCAUGUCCGCCUUACGCCUGGCAGCGUGCAAACGCAAAGAGCAAGAACCAAACAAAGACAGGAACAAUUCCCAGAAGAAAUCGCGCCUGGUGUUCACUGACCUCCAACGCAGAACACUCUUUGCCAUCUUCAAGGAGAACAAACGCCCGUCCAAAGAGAUGCAGAUCACCAUUUCCCAGCAGCUGGGCCUGGAGCUGACCACCGUCAGCAACUUCUUCAUGAAUGCGCGGCGCCGCAGCCUGGAGAAGUGGCAGGAUGAUCUGAGCACAGGGGGCUCCUCGUCCACCUCCAGCACUUGUACCAAAGCGUGAGGGACGGACUCUCGGCUGGGCGCAGGUCACCUCCCCAUGAGGACAGCCAACACCGGAAGAAAACA